UGCACGUGGGGGUAGUCGGACCUAUUUAGAAGUGCUGCAGUUAAAGCUUAGCUUACACACAAUCUAUUAAAAAUGGGGAAAAAGCUAAAAGUCGGAAAGACUCGUAAAGACAAAUUCUAUCAUUUGGCAAAGGAAACAGGCUACAGAUCCCGUUCAUCCUUUAAGCUAAUCCAGCUGAAUCGAAAGUUUCAGUUUCUGCAGAAGGCCCGGGCUCUUUUGGAUCUGUGUGCUGCUCCAGGAGGAUGGUUACAAGUAGCAUCGAAAUUCAUGCCUGUGUCCAGUCUGAUUAUCGGAGUGGACCUGGUGCCCAUCAGACCCAUCCCCAAUGUAGUCACCCUGCAGGAGGACAUCACCACAGAUAAGUGCAGACAGGCUCUCAGGAAAGAGCUGCAGACAUGGAAAGUGGACGUGGUGCUGAAUGAUGGUGCCCCUAAUGUCGGAGCUAACUGGCAGCAUGACGCCUUCUCACAGGCACACUUGACCCUGAUGGCUCUGAAGCUCGCCUGUGAGUUUCUCAACAAAGGAGGAACUUUUAUCACCAAAGUUUUUCGCUCCAAAGACUACCAGCCGCUCAUGUGGAUCUUCCAGCAGUUCUUUAAGAAGGUUCAAGCCACCAAACCUCAGGCAUCCCGUAACGAGUCUGCUGAAAUCUUUGUCGUCUGCCAAGGUUUUCUGGCCCCUGACAAAAUCGAUAACAAAUUUUUUGAUCCUAAGCAUGCCUUUAAAGAGGUUGAGGUCCAAGUAAAGACAGUAAAGGAGCUAACUACAGGGAAGAAGCCUAAAGCAGAAGGCUAUGCUGAUGGAGACCUGACUCAGUAUCACACAUUCUCAGUUACUGCAUUUUUACGAGCUGAAAAUCCAGUGGACUUCCUGAGCAAAGCCAAUGAGAUCACUUUUGAUGAUGCAGUUCUGGAGUCACACACAGCUUCAUCCCCUGAAAUUAAAGAAUGCUGUAAAGAUAUCAAGGUUCUUGGAAGAAAAGAACUGCGUCUUUUGCUCUCAUGGAGAUCCAAGCUAAGAAAGUUUUUAGCCAGAAAGCUAAAAGAAGAAGCAAGGCAGCUGGACCAAGAGAUCAGUCUGAGCACCAGUGAAGAGGAAAGUGAUGGAGAGAAACCCAUGAAGAAGAAGAAGGAGGUGGUGGAGGAUGAGGAUGAGGAGGAGGAGAUGGAGCAGAAGCUGGCUGAGGUGAAGGCAGAAGAGCUUGCGGAGCUGAAACGGAAAAAGAAGAAGCUCCUGAAAGAGCGACGGAAGCAAAGAGAGCGAGUGGAGCUGAAGAUGGACCUGCCUGGAGUUUCCAUCGCUGACGACGGAGACUCGGACAUGUUCUCUCUUAACACCAUUAAAAAAGCCAAGGACCUGAAUGAGCUCACGCUGGGUGAUAUGUCGGGAGCAGAUGCCUUGGCUGAUGAGGCGGGAGAGGAGGAUGUACACGUUUCUGAAUCAGAGAGCGAUCUCGUCUCUCUGGCGUCAGACCUGGAUGAAGAUGACCUGGCGGAGAUAGAAGAAAAACAGAAGCAGCUGAAGAAGCUUCCCAAGAAAAAGGUUUCCUUUACAGUGGAGGAUGAUGAGGAUGAAAACGAAGAGGAGCAAGGGAACAAGCUGCUGGUGGAUUUGGAGGGAAAAGUGGAAAAGCAAGACCGACAGACCAGCAUGUGGUUUAGCAAGGACAUCUUCUCAGAGCUGGACCUCGAAGCGGACGAAGACGCACUGAGGGAACUGAAACAGGCCAAUUUCCUGCACAGCAAACAGGCUUCAGGAAAGGGCACAAAGAGGAAGGCUGAAGAGGAGGCAGAACCUGCGCGGAAAGAGGAGGAGGAAGAGGAAGCCACACCCUCUCAGAAAGAAGAUGAGGCGGCAGGAGAUGAGGAGGACAGCGAUGAUGAGUCUGACAGUGACAGCAGUGAUGAUGAGGAAGAAAUAGCGAAGAUGAAGAACAAGUCUGGGUCUAGUAAAUUGCCUGGAGAUGAUGAAGACUUUCAAGUAGUUCCUGUAGAGAGCACAAGUAAGCGUGCACGGAUCCUGGAUGCUGAAGGUCUGGCUCUUGGUGCUCAGAUCGCCACGUCCAAGAAGAGACGCAGGGACCUGAUAGAUGAUUCCUUCCACAGGUUCUCUAAUUCUCAGGACAGUGGCGAGGUUCCAGUGUGGUUCAUAGACGAUGAAAGAAAGCAUAGGAAGAAACCCAUCCCUGUCACGCGGGACAUGGUGGACGAGUACAAGCAGAAGUGGAAGGAGAUCAAUGCCCGUCCAAUUAAGAGACUGGCAGAGGCCAAAGCUCGCAAGAAGAGAAGGAUGUUGAAGAAGACGGAGCAGGCCAAGAAGAAGGCUGAAGCGGUGGUCAACACAGUGGACAUCUCGGAGAGAGAGAAAAUGGCACAGCUCAGAAGCAUCUACAAGAAGGCUGGUGUGGGUAAGGAGAAGAGGGAAGUGACUUACGUCGUAGCCAAAAAGGGCGCUGGGCGUAAAAUCCGCCGUCCCCCAGGAGUCAAGGGUGUCUUUCGUGUGGUGGACGGACGCAUGAAAAAAGAUAUCCGUAGCAAGCAAACUAAGGAUCACCGAGACAAGGGGAAAGGGGGCAAGAAAGGAGGGAAGGGUGGAAGAGGGGCAAAAACAGGUAAGGGACGUCCAAGCAGGAAGUGAAGAAAUGAAAUUCGAAAACGAGUUUCUCAUCACACUCAGCUGGGACUGCUGUUAAAGAGCUGAGCUGUGCUAACACCAGACUACAUGGACUCGUGGAUAGGACAUUACCACACAAGCAUGGAUGUACUGUGCAUGUGGUCAUGGCAUCACAAAAUAAGCAUUUCGUGCUGAUCUGUGGUUAGUUUUGUGUUCUCUAUAAUAAGUGACUGUUUCCUAAUACAGAACCUUUAAUCUGGCUAAACUGCACAUUUUAGUGUUUUCCUGCUGUGUAUGUAUAACUGUUAUACAGGAACAGUAGGCAACAUGUACAAUUCAUCCAUAUUAUUUAAAUUUAGUAACCCCUUGCCUUUAUAAAAGUGAACAUCCAAAUUUAGACAAGUUUUUGUUUGUUUUUUUAUCGAUUAAUGAUAAAUUAUAGCACAAAUGAUGAUUGCAUGCUAUAUGCAGAGGUGCUAACAUUUUAUAGUGGAACUGUAUCAUUUAUGGUUUCACUGAUGAAGACACCAGACAGCACCGCCUUUUUUUUCUACUUUUUCAGAUAAAGCAGCCACUGUAAAUCAUAAUGUCAGGUUGAAAAGAUGAAAAUAUGAUUUCUACUGAUUUAAGAAUGUCAGUAAUAAUAAAUAAGAUGCUUGUUUUUUUUUUC